CUUCUUCCCCUCCCUCCCUCCCAACGUCACAACUCCGAACCAACACCCCAUAAAUCCAACCAACACAUAACCUCUCUCUCUCCCUCUCUCAAACAAGAGAAGGAAGCAGCAAGGUACGCCCAUGGCGCCAUCACCUCGGCCGUACACCUCUCUGCUGUUGCCAUCUCUCCUCCUGCUCCUCCUCGUCUCCUCCAGCGCAGCGAGAGUCGCAAGAAACCAGGCUGCCCAGGACGACCACGGAGAGGUGGACGCCGACGGCGAGGUGGCGGCGAGCUUCUUCAGAGCGGAGGCGGGGGAUGAAGGUUGCGGCGGUGGCGCCAAAGGGGGAGAUGGAGACGAUGAUGAGUGCUUGAUGAGGAGGACGCUGGUGGCGCACACCGACUACAUCUACACCCAGGGAGGAAACCACAACUAGCUAGCUAGCUGGUACCCUAGUUGGGACUGAAAUCAUAGCAUCAUAUUCGUAUGAUCAAUAUGAAGAUUUUAUCAGUAACUGGGCAGUUUUUUUUUUCUGCGAAUCGGGGCACUUGAUUGUAUAUAAGCUGGUAGAGAAAUCUUGUUGAGUUGUUUGUGAUCUGCUGGUCAAGUCAGUGCGUUGGCUGGCUUGAGUAAGAACACGGGAAAGAAUCUUGUAGGUCACCCUUGAACAAUAAUGAUACUACUACUAUUGUGUA